AUACUGAAGAUAUCUAGACUUAGAGAAGCCUCUGAACCAUGGAUAGCCUCUGUGCAGCAAAUACCACUUUUGCACUCGAACUCCUAAGAAAGCUGUGUGAGGACAAAAGCAGGCAGAAUCUAUUCUUUUCUCCUUUUAGUAUUUCUUCUGCUUUGUCUAUGAUUUUGCUGGGUUCAAAAGGUAACACCGAAGCCCAAAUAGCAAAGGUGCUUUCUCUGAACAAAGCCAAGGAUGCUCAUAAUGGGUAUCAAUCACUUCUGUCUGAAAUUAACGAUCCAAAUACCAAAUACAUACUGAGAACUGCUAACCGACUUUAUGGAGAAAAGACAUUUGAGUUUCUGUCGUCAUUUAUAGAGUCGAGUCAGAAGUUGUACCAUGCUGGACUAGAACAGACUGACUUCGUGCAUGCUUGGGAGGAUUCCAGAAAACAAAUAAAUGGCUGGGUAGAGGAAAGGACUGAAGGUAAAAUUCAGAACCUGUUGUCAGAGGGGAUUCUUGAUUCACUGACCAGACUUGUCUUGGUGAAUGCCAUCUAUUUCAAAGGCAACUGGGAAAAGCAGUUUAACAAAGAGAGAACUGAAGAAAGGCCAUUUCAAAUCAACAAGAAAGAGACCAAACCUGUACAGAUGAUGUUCAAGAAGGAUACAUUUAACAUGACCUAUAUUGGGGACUUCCAGACCAAAAUCCUUGAGCUCCCUUAUGUGGGUAAUGAACUCAGCAUGAUCAUCCUGCUCCCUGAUGCAAUCCAGGAUGAAUCCACUGGCUUGGAAAGUCUGGAAAGAGAACUUACAUAUGAGAAGCUGAUAGAUUGGAUCAAUCCUGAAAUGAUGGACUGCACAGAGGUGGUGGUGUCUUUACCCAGAUUUAAACUGGAAGAAGAUUAUGCUCUGAAACCUCUUCUGAGUAGCAUGGGAAUGCCUGAUGCAUUUGACUUGGGGAAGGCAGACUUCUCAGGAAUCUCAGCUGGCAAGGAGCUCGUGCUCUCUGAAGUAGUUCACAAGUCUUUUGUGGAAGUCAAUGAAGAAGGCACUGAAGCAGCAGCUGCCACGGCAGGGGUGAUGAUGCUGCGCUGUGCAAUGAUUGUUCCGGAGUUCACUGCUGAUCAUCCCUUCCUCUUCUUCAUCCGGCACAACAAAACUUCCACCAUUUUGUUCUGUGGCAGAUUUUGCUCUCCCUAAAAAGGAGAUGUCUUGGUAGAAG